CCAAAUGAAAGGCAAAGGCGCAGAACGGGUAUGAAGCGCGUUCAUGUUGAAGGCGUGAUUCAGAACCAACAAGAUUCGUGCACCUGCAUUUCCCGAACAUUCAGCUGCUGCUAUUGGAGGCAGAGAAUAUUCUCAUCUCCCUCCUGAAAUUAUCUCAACUUCCACAAGGUCUCCUUCCUCUUCCCUGCGACCACCUACACAAUCCCGGAAUCCCCCGCCAAAAACCCAUAAGCUAUAAAGUUUACCAUGAUUAACUCCCUAUGCACCUCCAUUGAAUUCAUCCACCUAAAUUCUCCACCAUUCUCCCACUACAGAUUCCCCAAACCCCUUUUUCUCAUUCCGCAAUUCGCCCCCCAAAAACCCCCAAAACCCCUCUCCCUAUCCGACCCCAAUUCAUCUGGUAAAUGGGCCAACAUCAGAGCCUGUGCAGCAGCAGCAGCUGCAGCCGAGAGCGAAAUCGAUAUGGUGAGAACCAAAGAAGGCAUCUACACAGCUAAGCCUAAGAAAGUAGUGGUCUUAUGGGACUUAGAUAACAAGCCCCCUCGCGGGCCGCCGUACCAGGCGGCGAUGGCCUUAAAAAAAGUGGCCCAGCAUUUCGGCGACCUGGUUGAUAUCUCUGCUUACGCUAAUCGACACGCUUUCAUUCAUUUGCCUCAAUGGGUUGUUGAAGAACGCCGAGAACAACGGCGUAUGGACAUUCUUGAGAGGAAAGGUGUUUCUACCCCUUCUGAACCGUAUAUUUGCUCUGUUUGCGGGAGAAAAUGUAAGACACAUUUGGAUUUAAAGAAGCAUUUUAGGCAGUUGCAUGAGAGGGAGAGGCAAAAGAAGCUGAACAGAAUGAGGUCAUUGAAAGGUAAGAAACGACAGCGUUUUAAAGAAAGGUUUAUUGAUGGCAAUGAGAAGUAUAAUGAAGCUGCAAGGACUUUGACUUCGCCGAAAGUUGGGUAUGGAUUAGCCUCCGAGCUUAGUCGAGCUGGGGUGUUUGUGAAAACGGUGGAGGAUAAGCCACAGGCUGCUGACUGGGCAUUGAAAAGGCAAAUGCAGCAUUCUAUGAGUAGAGGGAUUGAUUGGUUGCUUUUGGUUUCGGAUGAUUCAGAUUUUUCUGAGAUGUUGAGGAGGGCGAGGGCGGCCAAUUUGGGGACUGUUGUCAUUGGCGAUGGGUACAGAGCAUUAGGGAGGCAAGCGGAUUUAUGGGUGCCAUGGAAUGAUGUGGAGAAUGGGGAGAUUAAGGAGGAUGAUUUGGUGUCGCGGAUAAAGAGGAGGAGGGAAUCUGGAGGGAGGAGGACUGGGAGGUUUUCAGUCAGUGAGUUUGACGGGGGAUUAAACGGGGAGGGGAGUGUAGACAGCUUGAUGGAUCAGCUUGUUGGGACAACGGAAUUUGAUGGAAUGAGAAUUUCGGCAUUUUCUGAAGGGGAGGAGGAAGAGGAUGAGGACAGGGAAGAGGAACAGGACUGGCUGAGGGAGAAUCAAAGAGGUUAUGUUCAGAUUGGACUAAAAAAUUCUAUUGAUGACGAGGAAGAUCCUGAUGAGUACACUGAGGAGGAAGAUUAUGUUUUAGACAGUGAGGAGGAAGGGGUAGAAGAGGAUGGUUUGCAAUUCUGGUAAACUGUGCUUCUGUAAAUGGUUCGGUAGUGUGAUAUUUUUGGCAUGGCCUGAUAUGAGAUUAACGCUGAUUUGUCUGCUUCAUGCUAAGUAUCAAUUAAGGGAUAAUAAUGGGAACAAGAGUUAAUUCCUAACUGCACAUGGAAUUAGCUGCUCGGAUUCUUGAUUUGCCAGACAAUUUUGUUGAACUUAUCAGUGCUAUUGCAGAUUUGAGUCUUACUUUAGGUCCUUGAUGUUGUCUUGCUUUUCCUUUCAUUCUGGGAUGUUGAGGAUUAUGGUGUCCGUCAUGUUGCAGAAAUGGAGGUUUAUGUGUUUCAUCAUUUCUCACUUCUGGUCUUAUGCACGAGGUUAGUUAUUCUCCCAUUUGAUUCUAUGGCAUGUUGUGGCAGACAAUACUUCCUCCAGUUAUAUUUUAGUUCAUCGGCUGUCUUAGGCCCACAUUUUCUCAUUGCAGGUGAUGCACAUUAAAAUCCACCACAGUUUAAGAAAGGAACUCCUAAAAGCUACGGAUAGUAGUAACAGAAUAUUUUCUUUCUUUAGUUGUCUUGAACAUGAAAGAUUUGUUGGCACAGCUGAGGGGAUGAUAGUUUAUGAUUUUUGGUCGCUACAAUGUUAGAUAGGAUAAAGCAUAAUGGAUUUGUUCUCACUGGUUGGCCAUUAAAUUAUUUGCCAUGACUUGGGUUUCUCAUAUUCUUUAUUGCGGUCCAUUAUAGUUUGGUGAAAUAUGGGUUUGUCCGAAGCCAUGCUAAAACUUGAAUGGCUAUAUAUUCGUUCAUUGAGGAUUUCUGUUCUAUGGGUUACUAAUAGCUUCAAAGAGAUGCUUUUGUCAAACAGAGUAAGAUUCCAACACUCUUUUGUCGGAUACAGAAAUUUCUAUGCCAACAAAAAUCUUCGACGGCUAGAUGCGGUUGCUUUGGUGCCAACGCAGGUCUACACGGCUGCCUUAAUUCAUAUUCGCAUUACAUAUCUUACCAGUUUGGACCAUUAAAUUUAGAGGCUGUGUAAGUAAGGAAAGUAAUUCUUUUAUACCACCUCUUUGAAAAGGAUGCUUCAAAAGUAACUGGCUUUUGAACUCCUUGCUUGUAGUUGCGUAUCUGAAUGCCGGAAUUGCUUAUCUUCUGUCCAGACUACUGAUUUUGAGGCCACGCUGCUGAGAUUGUUUUCAAUCAUUUGUCUGCAGUAACAACAACAGCAGCAGCAGCAAAAGAAGAAGAAGAAGAUUUGCCUAUUAUUUGUGUGUAAUGGGAUAUUAAUGUAAUUGCACAGCCAACAUGGAGUACCAUACCACAUCGUAAAAUUGUCGAGGAUGGUAGUAGGUCUCUUGUCAUGUUUUAAUAAUGCAGCAGGUUCCUAUGCUUAGAGCUUCUGUAUCGACACACUUGCCAUAUAAGGAAGGAUGCAUCUUCGGCUGGUCCCCUUGUGGACUCCUGCUGAUGCUGAGCAUGGCCUAGUUGAAAGCAUGCCCAUUUGCUGCCGCUAUCAAGUGCGUAAAAAGGCAUAAACAGAUUUUUGGAGGCCAAGAAAAGGAGGCUGACGGUUGAAAGGGCGCCAUCAUUCUCAAUAAUAUUAGCAGCCUGUAGUGUAGCAGCGGCUGUGGCUGCCCAUAGGCCGUAGCCUUAGAAUGGACCGACCUGUCGGCAACCCCUAUUUUGCUUGCUGACGCAGGUGGCCAAGCUUUCAAGCUUUAUCUCUAGUCAGGCUACAUCCCCAAGUUUCAGCUGUUUUUCCGUUCUUGUCACUUUGUUUUACUGGUCACGUUGUGCUA